UCCCGCGUCGCGCGCAUCGACCACUCCGUAUUGCAAGCCGCAGCUCCGCGCUCGUCCCGUCCACACAGCACCGCAAAGCUCGCAGCCCGCCCGGGCCCGGCAUGCGCUUCUGAGCCGCCAACGCAGCGCAGCGCUACACCCUACCGCACACCAGACAGGACGAGAGGACGUGAAAUGGCGCUGGUGCAGCCCGGUCUGCCAGGUGCCGCCACCACCACCGCCCCCGCCGCCCCCGUGUCGAGGCUGGCGCAGAUGCAGGCGCGCAUCCAGCAGCGGCAGCUGCAGGAGAAGGAGCAGAAGCUGCUGCAGCUGUACGAGAGCCAGCAGCAGCGCGCCCUCGACCGCGUCGUCACGCGCUCCACCUCGCUCAGCUCCAGCCUCAGCACCGCCUCCUUCAGCACGCUUACCUCCACCAACAACAACAGCGUACGCACCAGCCUCAGCAACGGCAUCAACAACAACAAUAACGGCGCCGUCGGCGGCGGCCGCGUGCGCCAGAUGUUCGACGAACGCCGCAAGCCGAACAACUCGGCGCCCGCCGCACCCGGCUGGGACCGCAGCUACCCGCUAGAGCCCAUCAACAAGAACGCAGCAGCGCACAAGACGGUGUCCAAGUCCCGUGGCGCGGUGAGCCUGGACCGCAACGGCGCCGGCGCCGGCUCGGGCCACAGAGCCGCGGCGCCGCCCCCGCAGGCGCACCAGCCGCUGCGCAGGGCCAAGAGCCAGGCGCGGCCGCCCCCGCCGCCACCGCAGGCGCCCAGCCCCCCUCCACAGCCAGAACCGGAGCCCGAGCCACAGGCCGCAGACACCGCGGAGGAGCAGGACGCCGAGCUGCAGCGCUACCUGGACGACUUCUCGCCGCCGGCGACGCCGCCGCCCUUCGACGACGAGCCGGACGAGGGAGAGCCCGAGGCCGGAGCGGAGCUGGACGCCGCCGUGGACGCCAGCACGUCGUUCGUGUUCCAGAAGCUGCCCAACGUGGGCGGCCCGGCGCGUGCGCCGGUGCAGCUCGCCGAGGAGCGGCCCGACCGCUUCAAGACGUACGCCGCGGGCAAGCCGGGGGCGGCGCCGGGGGCCAGGGCCAAGGGGGCGGCUCCCACAGCGGCUCCAGCGGCGCGCAGGCCGCAGCCGGCCAAGACCACCGUCCGCAGGUCCGAGGUGAAGGCGAGUCCGCCGGCAGCCGCGUCCAACGCUUCGACGGGCUCGAAGCGUUCCUCGACGUCGCGGGCCAGCGGCGGCAGCGUCACCAGCCCCCAGCACCAGACCACCGCCACCCGCACCGCCUCCAACGCCUCCACCGCCAGCAAGACUACGCCCGCAGCCAAGAAGCCUCCGACGCCGACGCCGUCGGCCGCCUCGUCGUCGUCGGGCAGCGGCCGCCAGCGCGGCGGCGGGUCCCUCCGCGCCGUGGCGUCGGCGCCGCCGCGGGACGACCUGGUCGCGUGCUCCAACUGCGGCCGCCACUUCGCCACGGACCGCGUCGCCAAGCACGAGGAGAUCUGCCGGCGCACCACCACCAAGAAGCGCAAGGUGUUCGACCCGGUCAAGCAGCGCGUCAAGGGCACCGAGGCAGAGACUUUCGUCAGGAAGAUGCUGCUCAAGGGCCCGCCAACAAAGAAGGAAACUCAAGCAAAAAAGCCAGACUGGAGAAAAAAGCAUGAGGAAUUCAUCGCAACAAUUCGUGCAGCAAAGGAGAUGAAGGCACAUUUGGCAGCUGGAGGGAAGCUGUCAGAUUUGCCUCCACCACCACCGCUUGACACAUCUGACUACAUCCAGUGCCCUCACUGCCAGCGGCGGUUUAAUGAGGCUGCUGCUGAACGGCACAUCCCCCGAUGUGCCAACAUGCAGCAUAAUAAGAAACCUACACCUGCUGCUAGAACCAGUGCAGGGAAGGUCGGGGCACGGCGUCGAUAAAUGUCAUUAAAAGCUCAUGUAAACUUAUCUGUACUAAAAUAUUAAAAGGCUGCAAUUCUAUAACAAGUACAUCUGUAAAACAUAAUUUAUUCUUUUGUUAAUAAUUGGCUAAAAAUUUUGAUUAGGUGCAUGAAAAUACUUUUUUUUUGACCAGAUGUGUCACAAUUGUCGCAGGAAUUCUUAUUAGAUUAAAACUGAAUGUUUCACACACUCAAGCAACAGAAUUCAGAAAUAUCUACAGGUAAAUCCAUUAACUAAAACAAAUGACAAAUACAAGCUCUGAAAAAAAUUACAUCAGUAUAAGAUUCAUACUGAUAUAGCUCCUACAUAAUAAUUACCUCCAAUAAUGUAAAACCAUAUUUUCAUUAAAAUGUUUAAUUACAGGCCCAUAGUUUUGUAGCUACAUUUAAUAUAAAGGACUGUGAACUUAGACUCUUCAAACUGUCAUAUUUUCUUGUCAUUUUCUGAUCUAACAUGUCAUAUUUAUAUGAAAUAAUGUCCUUUUUGUAAAAAUUCAUGCAGUUAUUCAUACUGUGGUUAAAUUAUGUUCAGAUCUACAGGUGGUAAUUGACAUGUUAAAUAUGUAGUUAGGAACCUUAGACUGCAGACUAGACCUUGGCAGGGGUGCAACCAUUACUAAGCAGCCACAAUAAAUGUGCUAGAUGACUCUUGUUCCAUAGUCAGAGUAUGACUGUGAUUUAUGACGAUAAUCUAAGCACACACCAACCAAAUAGUUGCUUUGUCUUCGAUGUGUAAAAAAUUUUCUUGUCUAUUCAGUAGCCACUGUCCUCACUCUGUACUUUAUUGCAGUUUAAUCUAAAAUGUGAUCAAUUACUUAAUUAUUUUUUCUUCGCUAUAUGUAGAGUGAAAGUAUAAUUUACUGUAUCACACCUGAUAUUCAUCGAAAGCAACUGUGGCAAUACCAGUAAUAAAAUUAAAAUCCUUGUUCUAUACCCUCACCAAAAUACACCUGAGACAAGUGUAAUAGUAGCUUAAAGCUUGAAUGUGAUUGUGAAAUUAACAUGUGUGCGCCAUAAUGAUUAUUUCGACCAUGAAAACUAGCUUCAACAAAAUUCUCACAAUGAUUUCAAAGUAUUGCCAACUUUGAAUUACAAAGUCAUUUUAUUUUUUUAAAUGAUCUCAGCUACUUUUAGAAUGAGUUUUGAGAUGAUGUAUUUCAUGAGUAUAUGUUUAUAAGAACCACAGUGAAUAUUACUGUAAUUUUAAAUAAGUUAUCUGAUUAAUUUAAUAUUCACAGAGAAAGAUAAAUAUGUAUGGUAAAUAUGGAGGUUAACGAAUAAUAUACUUACACAAAAUUGUGCUUAGUGUAUGGAUGUGAAGAACUAAUACCAAUUCUGAUCAUGCCAGUAAACUUAAAAGCUAAUAAGGUAUGCAAAAUAUAAAAGUCCAAAAGUAUUGGAAUCAGAUAAAAAUGAAAAUCACAAAAGCUAAUGUUACGAGGAGAUGAAAUAUGCAUAACCAUGAAGAUGAUUCAUAUAUAUUCUUAAUCAGUUUUUUAAAGUCUUGAUUAUUUCUUAUUGUGAGGCAAAUUUUUCAUUAAUGAUUUGAGAGUAUUAGUUUAUUGUAGCUUACAACUACAGAAAAGAGCCAUUUAAAGCCAGAUGUUUACAAAAACCAUAUAAAUUUGACUCAAUGUUUGUUUCUGUUACUAUAAAGAAGUAGGACUCCUAUAUAAAAUCUGUAACCGAAUAUAUUGUAAAAUGUCUUAAAUAAUAAUCAUUUAAAUCACUAUUGAAAUACUGAAACAUGAGAAGGGUUCUUAACAGUAACUGAAAAUAGAGGAAAGAUGUCAAAGACUUACCUGCAUCUUUGCAGACAGUGUAAACAAAUUAUAUAUACUGGUGUUGGUAUACAUAUUGUAGUUCAAUAACUUUUACUUUAGACAGAAACAGUCUUGUUCCUAAUUGUAGCAUAAAAAUGUGUAUGAAGUAAACAGAAAAAACUACAUUAUUAUGUGAACAACUUUUAUAUUCAAGCUUGUAUUUUAAACAGAAAAAUAAAAUAUUUU